GUGGCAGUGAAGUGCAGACCGGAGAGAAAGAGACACUUUGUGUUGUGUGGAGAGCAGGACGGACACAAUACGGACAGAAAUAUAAUAUUGGGAUACGCCUUGUAUACAAUUAUGGAAAAGGGCAAAGAUCUACAGGAAGAGAGGCGUUCAGCGUUCCUCACUCCUGGAUUGGGCUGCUGUUGAUCAAGGACUUGCACAAAGGAAAGAGAUGAACAUGGAUGGAAACUGAAAGCACGGGCUGUAACAGGAGUUGACAGUUCUUUAAGGCUAAAACAACAUUUGAAUGACUUGUCCAAUUGUAAAAGAAACAAAGGUAACAAAGGCUGGGAAUGCGAAAAACCUUGAAGUUUGUCUCAGAACGUCUUCAGAUUUGAGCAGAUUUUCACUGGUAGUUUCACCGGUAUCUCUAAAGUGUACGUCUAUUGUCAACAAAGCCAUGUGUGACAUGUUUGAGAAAGGCAGGGAACAUUCCUAAGGCUCUGAAGUUGCCUACCUAUCUUUUACAGUGAGCGUGAGCCUUUGCAGGACUUCUAUCUCCAGCGUUUAAAGAAGUGCCUUAGAUCUUUUGGACCAUACCCCAAUCACACUUUUGGGAAAUUGGAACUUGUCACUUGGGACUUGGCUCUUGGCACCUCACCAUCAUGAAGGAAUGCACCACACCUUCACAGAAGAACAUUUGAAGUCUCGUACAGGGUUCGUUCAGUCACGAUGAACAACUCCCAACAGCAGAGUCUAGACGAGACCGCGGUCUUCUCUCCGCUGACUGAAUCCAGCCCAGAGUUCCUCCACAGCGAAGCCGAGCGAUGCGCUCUGGAGCACUUGCUGACCUCUGGACCCGGAGCGUUCUACACCAAGCUCAGCAAAGAGGGACUCACGCACUUCCUCUCACCUGAGGAGGUGAACCAGGUGGCCGGCUGGGCUGAGGACUACCGCAUCAGUGAGGUUCUUCUAGACAGUGGAAACCUUGAGGAUGAAAGUGAGUCCGGCACUCAGGGAUUCUCCAACCAGUACUUUCCAGUUCAUUCGGACACUCCGGCCCCGAGCCUGGAGUUAGGAUGGCCUGAGGAGGCGAGACUGGAGGGUGUGGACCAGGCGGUGGUCUACACCAGCCCUCCAGUGGAGCAGAUGCCCCACGUUCGGGAGGUGGUCAGGAGGCUGCUGCAGGAAGCAACCAUGCUGAUUGCUAUAGUGACGGACAGAGUGACAGACAAUGCUGUGAUUGGAGAUCUGCACUGUGCUGCAUCACGGGGCGUUCCUGUUUACAUCAUCCUGAACCGCAGAUCCGUCCAGGAGAACUCCAGAAGACUCAGACACCCGAACAUAAGGGUCCGCACUGCAGGGGGAAAGACGUUCUACUCUCGGGACGGGCAGAUGGUGGUGGGAGAGCUGAAGGAGAACUUUAUCCUGGUGGAUCUGAAGACAGUGGUUCUGGGCAGCUACAGUCUCACCUGGACUGAUGCUCAUUUGCACCGGCAGCUCAUCACCAUCCUCAGUGGGCCAGGAGUCGCGUCGUUUGACCGGGAGUUCCGCAUCCUUUAUGCUGAAUCUCUACCCAUCCCAGAUCUGUGGAAGUCCGGCAGACCUGUGGGGGUCCCAAACUCAGAUGCAAACACUCUUUACCAACCAGAGUACCUAGAACAAUUUAACCAAAAAAUAGCACUUAUGGAGAGACCCUCCAGCCCCCCACCACCCCCUACUGACUGCUCUGUGGACUGGGAGGCUCUGGGGGUCAUCCAGUGGAACGAAGGCCUUCCAGAUGGCCUGGGAGAUCUGCCCGGGGUUUGUGAAGAAGAGCCAAAGUCCCACAGAGAAGAAUUCAAUGGGCAGCCUGGGGCUACUGAAUCCAAAGAAAGAGGAUCUGAGGUUGCAGAACAGCCUGGUAGCACAGAUGAUCAAGUAGAGGACAAGUUAUACCCCAGUGUUAAAGCUGAGCUGAGACAAACAAAUGACCAUCAAACACAAAUGAGGGUGAGGCAAAAACCAGAAAUCGCCCCAUACAGACGUCUGAGUCUCGCACUGGAAACAGAGCGUGAGGACUGGGACUCCAUUAUCAGGACUCGGGAGCGCAGGAUGGACAUUAACCGGAAUGAUGAGCCUGGAAACUUCCCAUGGACACCUAGACGAGACUAUCCAUCGAGGAUGGACCAGAGGAUGGGAGAAAAUAGGAUUUCAGAGGACACGCCCACAAAACCGGCUACAGCAGAAAACAACCACAAGAAGCCGCUGAUCCUGAGGGUUCCUCACACGGAGAGUUUCAGCUCUCUGAGUGACAUUCUCAGAAGAAUCAACGCCAGAAAGACAGGCAAAGAGCAGCAGAAGAGAACAGCCAAGACCACCAUUAGUAAAUCCAUGCUGGAUCUGAGCGCAGCAGCUCCAGACACGGCGCAAAACACCAGCGUCCAUGAUGGCUUCCCGCUAACUCCGGCUCUCGCUCUGAUUAAAAAGCGUAAUGAUGAGAUUAAAUCUGGACUCCUGAGAGCCCCCAGGACCUUUUUGCCCCCCUCCAGACCCCGCAGCUCCAGCUUCGGGCUGCAGAGGGAGCCGUGGAGAGCCCCGUUUAUUAGAGAUCAGAGGGCAGAUGAGGACAAGUGACAAAAUCCUCAUCAGAGAGGAAUGUGUGAAAAUGAAUAACAGCUAUAAUACACCCAGCCCAGCAAACCCUGUGAAUCUGACACAUCAUUAAACCACCCCUGACCCCCGGCAGCCGCAGGAUGAGACAUGCUUCAUGAGUUCAUCUACUAUUGAAGAAACAAGCAUGCACUAAGUGCUUAUUUUUAAUUAUAGUCCCAUAUCCUACAUUUUUAUACAAUUUUAUGUUUUUUCUCUUAGUUCUGUGAAUGUUUUGUGGAGUUUUUGAGGAUUUAUUUACCAAAAAGUACCAUAUUGUAAAUGUAAUUAUUUUUUAAAUGUGACUCUAUAAACUAUUUUCAUGCUUUAAACUUA